AUGAUACAAGGCUUCUUCAUGCAGAAGCAUGAUGGACACAUAACCAAUCUAGAUGUGUGGGAAAUGAUCAUGUGUAACAAUCGGACGCAGUGUGUUGUCAUCACUGGCUCGGAUGUCUUUCCAGAUCCAUGUCCUGGGACGUACAAGUAUCUUGAGGUCCAGUAUGAAUGUGUGCCAUACAAAGUGGAGCAAAAAGUUUUUAUUUGCCCUGGGACUCUGAAAGCAGUAGGAGAUCCAGCCUUUGUCUUUGAGGCUGAACAGCAAUCUGGAGCUUGGUGCAAAGACCCCCUGCAGGCGGGGGACAAGACCUACUUCAUGCCGUGGACACCGUACCGCACCGACACGCUCAUAGAGUACGCCUCACUCGACGACUUGCGAAGCGGUCGACAGACGACUACCUACAAGCUUCCGCACCGCGUUGACGGAACUGGAUUUGUGGCCUACGACGGGGCCAUCUUCUUCAACAAGGAACGCACGCGAAAUAUCGUUAAGUUUGACUUGCGGACUCGGAUAAAGAGCGGGGAGGCCAUAGUCGCCAAUGCCAACUACCACGACACCUCGCCCUAUCGCUGGGGUGGGAAAACGGACAUUGACUUGGCAGUUGACGAACGGGGACUGUGGGUCAUCUAUGCCACCGAGCAGAAUAACGGACGUAUCGUUCUCAGCCAGCUCAAUCCUUAUACUCUGCGCUUUGAGGCCACAUGGGAGACCGUCUACGACAAACGCUCGGCCUCCAAUGCCUUCAUGGUGUGCGGUAUUCUUCACGUUGUCCGUUCCACCUAUGAGGAGAAUGAAAGCGAGGCCAGUAAGAGCCAAAUUGACUAUGUGUAUAACACCAAACUAGGGCAAGGGGAGUAUGUCAGUAUGCUCUUCCCUAACCAGUAUCAGUACAUUGCAGCUGUGGAUUACAACCCGAGGGAUAACCAGCUGUAUGUGUGGAAUAAUUUUUACAUUCUGCGAUACAAUUUGGAGUUUGGGCCACCUGAUCCGGACGAAGUACCGACGGUCUCUGAUGACGUUACAUCAACAGUGCAGCCUAGAAGAUCCACACCUCCCAUCAGGACCAGCACUGCCAGCAUCACCCGGAGACCUGCGCUCAACAUCUCCGUCACUCCCGACCCGGCAGCCGUGGACCCGCCGAACCCCAGCGCCGGCAGCCCGCCCCCCUCCAGCAGACGCUUCUGCGACGGGACGGAGAGGAGAGGAAUCUCCUGGCCGCAGACGCACCGAGGAGCGACGGUGGAGCGGCCGUGUCCUAAAGGAACUCGAGGAAUCGCUCUGUUCCUCUGUACGUCUGCCGACGGGAUCUGGAGUCCCAAAGGUCCUGAUCUCAGUAACUGCACGUCUCACUGGGUGGCACAGGUGGCACAGAAGAUCCGGAGUGGUGAGAAUGCUGCGAAUCUGGCGAACGAGUUGGCGCGUCACUCUCAGGGUCCCGUGUACGCGGGCGACGUCAGCUCCUCUGUGCGGCUCAUGGAGCAGCUGGUGGAUAUACUGGACGCACAGCUGCAGGAACUCAAACCUAACGAUAAAGAUACGGCGGGACGGAGCUUCAACAAGGCCAUUGUGGACACAGUUGACAACCUCCUGAGGCCAGAAGCCCUUAAAUCCUGGGAGGACAUGAAUUCCACAGAGCAAACACAUGCUGCUACUAUGUUACUCGAUACCCUGGAGGAAGGAGCCUUUGUCCUUGCAGACAACCUGAUCGAGCCCGCAGUCGUCCGAGUGCCUGCCGAGAACAUCAUGUUGGACGUGUACGUGUUGAGCACCGAUGGCCAAAUUCAGGACUUCAGGUUUCCACAGAGCAGCAAAAGAGGAGCCACGAUUCAGCUCUCAGCAAACAUGGUCAAACUAAACAGUAAAAAUGGUGUUGCCAAGUUGGUUUUUGUCCUUUAUAAGCACUUGGGGCAUUUUCUUAGUACGGAGAACGCCACGGUGAGGCUGAUGGGAGAGGGCGGAGUCAGAAACCACAGCCUGACUGUCAACUCUCACAUACUCUCCGCCUCCAUCAACAAAGAAUCCAGCCGCGUGUUCGUGUCCGAACCACUCAUCUUCACUCUGGCGCAUUUGGAUACUGAGAACUACUUCAAUCCAAACUGCUCAUUUUGGAACUAUUCUGAGCGGAGCAUGACAGGAUACUGGUCAACACAAGGCUGCAAACUCCUCGCGACAAACAAGACUCACACCACUUGCUCCUGCAGUCACCUGACUAACUUUGCAAUCCUGAUGGCCCAUCGAGAUGCACAUGCGGGUGUGGGAAGCAUUCACGAGCUCCUGCUGACAGUUAUCACACGAAUGGGCAUCGCCGUUUCACUCGUCUGCCUUGCCAUUAGCAUCUUCACCUUCUGCUUCUUCCGUGGCCUCCAGAGUGAUCGCAACACCAUCCACAAGAACCUCUGCAUCAACCUCUUCAUCGCAGAGCUUCUGUUUCUUGUGGGCAUCAACAUGACCGAACCUCCGAUUGUGUGCUCUGUGAUUGCUGGAGUUCUGCAUUUCUUCUUUCUUUCUGCAUUUGCCUGGAUGUGUUUGGAGGCCGUUCAGCUGUUCCUCAUGCUUGUGGAGGUCUUUGAGAGUGAAUUCUCUAGACGAAAAUACUAUUAUGCAUCUGGCUACCUGUUGCCCUGUGUGGUGGUUGGCAUUUCGGCAGCCAUCGACUAUAAGAGCUAUGGGACGAGGAAAGCCUGCUGGUUGAGGGUUGAUAAUCAUUUCAUUUGGAGUUUCAUUGGCCCUGUUACGUUCAUCAUUAUGCUCAAUCUCAUCUUUCUGGUGGUGACCAUGUACAAGAUGGUAAAGCACUCAAUGUCUAUGAAACCUGAUUCCAGCCGACUGGAGAGCAUACGGUCCUGGGUGUUUGGUGCUUUCGCACUGCUGUGUCUGGUUUGUCUGACGUGGUUGUUCGGCUUGUUUUUCUUGAACGACUCUUCAGUAAUCAUGGCGUACCUCUUCACUAUCUUCAACACCUUACAAGGGAUGUUCAUCUUCAUCUUCCACUGUCUUCUGCAGAAGAAGGUGCGUAAAGAGUACAGCAAGUGUUUCCGGCAGUCUCAGUGCUGUACUGGUCUUCCUGCUGAAGGAUCUCACGCUGUUAACAAAACCUCGGCCUCCAGGUCCACUGCUCGAUAUUCAUCUGCUACACAGAGCCGCAUCAGGAGGAUGUGGAACGACACUGUGAGGAAACAGUCAGAGUCGUCCUUCAUCUCCGGAGAUAUCAACAGCACUUCCACUCUAAACCAAGGAAUGACCGGCAACUAUCUGCUAACUAACCCUCUCCUCAGGCCUCACGACACUAACAGCCGCUAUAACAACCUUCUCGCCGAAACCAUCGUCUGCAACACCCCUUCUCCUCCAGCUUUCCACUCUCCAGGAAGAGCAGUUUCGCCGGACCUCUCGACCUCCUGUUCCUCCAACCGCACAUGUUCUCCAGUAGAGUUUCUGAGUGAGUUUGAGAACCAGCCUCAGCGCGGAUUCGAGCUCUCAUUUGGAGCUCGCGAUGAGGAUGGUUUGUCUAUUACAGCAUCAGAGGAUGGUCUGACCGAUCGAAAGUGGAUGACUCUACUGAACCGGCACUUCUGGGUGCUGUGUGUCACUCUGAGCCAGUUGGAGAAAGCAAUUGCAGUGCAUUUUAAGCGCAAGACGCCGCCACCCAAGAUUCCCAUCCAGAGCACAUAA